AUGGAGGAUAUCCUGGUAUUGCGUAUCUACAAGACCUUCAUAGGCAUCUUCGGCAUCUUGGGCAACGGUCUCGUCUGUGUUGUCAUCGGUAAAGUCUCGGCGAUGCAGACUCGCACCAACGCCUUCAUCUUCCACCAAGCUGUGGUCGAUUUCUUGGGCUCGACGAUCAUCCUCUUGACCAGUGAGGUCCCACUGCCUGACCCCUUACCCGAUGACAGCCUGGGCCGGUUUAUUUGCCUCGUAUGGCUCUCUAACUUCCUGCUGUUUGUCCUCUUCGUCAUCUCCACCUUCAACCUGUUGUCGCUGACCCUAGAGCGGUACUUCGCCAUCGUCUACCCGUUCAAGUACCAGGCCGCCUUCGCCGAGCAUCCACACCUCAAAAUCGGAGCGGUCAUUGGAGCCUGCUGGAUCAUCGGCGUGGUCAUCAAGGUCUACAACUUGAUCAUCUUCAAGGUGGAAGACGGCAGGUGCCUCUCCAACGCUGCUGCCCGUUCCCAAGCCGUGGGCAUCCUGACGGUGGUCCUGGUGUAUUUCCUGCCAGUGGGGGUCAUGUUCUUCGCCUACAUGCGCAUCAGUUUGGAGCUGAAGCGGGGAGCGUCUAGAGUCGGCCCGCAGCCCGCAGUGGCGGCUCCCGCCAGCGCCAGCGGUCCCAGCACGUCCGGUGGUGCAGGAGCGUCAUCAUCCACGGAGUCCGGCAUGAUGGGGUCUCUCCUCCGGGCCCGGCGCAACACCUUCAAGACGCUCCUGAUCGUCUUCAUCACCUUCAUGGUCUGCUGGACGCCCAACCAGCUCAUCUUCUUCAUGUUCAAUCUUGGCUGGAAGACCCAACCCAACGAGUGGUACUACUUGCUGUCAGUGGCGAUGGUGGCCACCAAUUGCUGCGUCAAUCCGGUCAUCUACGCCUUCAAGUACCGGCAGUUCCGCAACGGUCUGAAGGAGAUGUUCUGUGGUCAAAAGUUCCGCGCUGAUGACAUGGCCUAA